CCCCACUACCACUCAUCUCCUACCUCUUUUCCCUGAUCGGACUACUCUUCAAUCCCUUGACUCCUCCUUUGAAACCCGAUCCUCAUCACAUUUUCCCGCCAUGUUCAGAAACAACUACGACAACGAUGCCGUCACCUUCUCCCCGCAAGGUCGGAUAUUCCAGGUUGAAUACGCACAGGAAGCCGUGAAGCAAGGAUCCGUGGUGGUGGGACUGGUCAACAAGACACAUGCCGUGCUCGUCGGCUUGAAGCGUAAUGCCGAAGAGCUCUCGUCAUACCAGAAGAAGAUCAUCGAAAUCGACUCCCACAUGGGCAUUGCCAUCGCCGGUCUCGCCUCGGACGCUCGGGUGCUCUCCAAUUUCAUGAAGCAGCAGUCACUGGGUUCCCGGAUGACCUACGGCCGCCCCUUGCCCGUCGACCGCAUCGUCAGCCAGAUCGGCGACCGCGCUCAAACGAACACCCAACAUUACGGCAAGCGGCCCUACGGUGUCGGCCUGCUCGUGGCCGGCGUCGACGACGCCGGUCCCCACCUGUUCGAGUUCCAGCCCUCGGGCAUGACCCAGGAGAUGGUGGCCUGUGCCAUUGGCGCCCGCUCCCAGAUGGCCCGGACCUAUCUCGAGCGCAACUUGGAGAAGAUCGCCGGCUCCACGCGCGACGAGCUCAUCACCCACGGCCUGCAAGCCCUCAAGGAGACCCUUUCCCAGGAUAAGGAGUUGACAGUGGAUAACACCUCCGUCGGCGUGGUGGGUCUGGCUCCCGAGGGUGCCAGGGGUAGGAUCGAGAGCUUCAAGCUAUACGAGGGCCAGCUGCUCGUACCUCUGCUGGACGCUUUGGAGCGGUCGGAAGCCGGCGAGGAGACGAAAGAGGCCGAGACGAUGGAGGUGGACUCAUAGAGCGUGGAUGGGGGGACGGUGCCCCACCUAGCUUCGAUUCCUCUAAAUGAAUUUACCUUCUGAUAGUUAUAGUCAUGAAUCGGGAUAAUCUCAUGUUACCCUAUAACCUUCAUC